AAUAGUAAUUAUGGAGAACAGAGUGAUAUUGGUUUUAAGUAUUAUAAUUUCAUGUUGUUCGAAAGUUUCAUUGGCACAAUGUCGCGAUGGAGAUAAAGCUGUCCCUUUUCCUGGAGACUGUACAAAGUUCUAUCUGUGCCCUGGAAACAUUGUAAUUUCCUGUAUAUCUGGUACUCACUAUAAUCCAAAAACACAUUUUUGUGAUUGGCCUAGCAAUGCCGGUUGUCAAACAAACGAAGAACCGAUACCAUCUAAGAAACCUUCUGAGCAAUCUGUGAAACCUCCAGAGUCACCUGCGACCUCUUCUGAGUUACAUGUAACACCAACAACACGUGUUUCUAAUUCUCGAGACCCAACUUUGAGACCACCGGGCUCUAAUGAACAUCCAGAGUCACCUGAAAAGCCUCCAACCCCACCUGUGCACCCUCAUGAGACACCUUUAGGACCAUCAAAUCCACCUAGUAAUUCUCGAGACCCAACUUUGAGACCACCUGGCUCAAAUGAACAUCCAGAAUCACCUGAAAAGCCCUUAAGCCCACCUGUGCACCAUCCUGAGACACCUUUAGAACCACCGAAUCUACCUGGUAAUUCUCGAGACCCAACUUUGAGACCACCUGGCUCAAAUGAACAUCCAGAAUCACCUGAAAAGCCCUUAAGCCCACCUGUGCACCAUCCUGAGACACCUUUAGAACCACCGAAUCUACCUGGUAAUUCUCGAGACCCAACUUUGAGACCACCUGGCUCAAAUGAACAUCCAGAAUCACCUGAAAAGCCUCCAAGAGUGCCUGCGCACCAUCAUGAGACACCUUUAGAACUACCGAAUCUACCUGGUAAUUCUCGAGACCCAAAUUUGAGACCACCUGGCUCAAAUGAACAUCCAGAAUCACCUGAAAAGCCUCCAAGCCUACAUGUGCACCAUCCUGAAACUGAUUUGGAACUACCAAAUCUACCUCUUAACUCUCGAGACCCAACUUUGAGACCACCUGGCGCAUAUGAACCUGAUGUCAGUCUUCCAGAAGUUGAUGAACAAAUACUACCUGAUGUUCGUCCUAUUCGAGCUGUGGAACGUUGGAGACCGCUUGUGAGACCUCUGCGUCCUCGUGAACCAGAUACAAAGCUUUUUUUUCGUGAACUUCCAGGGCUAGAAAAUAACUAUGAAACAUUUAUACUUUAACAAUAAUGUAUUUUAACAAUAAAAAAUUGCU